AUGAAGUUGGAGAAAACUGUAACGCAAAAUCAAAUUUUUACUGAUGAAAUCGAGAAGAAGCCAACUCAAUCUACCAUAAAUCGACAGUUCCGAAGUGGCGGACAAUUCAAAAAUGAAACGUCGGCCUUAACUGUUGUUAAAGCCACUAGAUAA